GACAUUUGAAAAAUUUAAGAAAUUUAAAGAAGCAGCAGGCACCUAAAAGUUAAUUCUAUUUUCCUGAGCGCUAGAUCACAAUUUAAUAGCUUUAAUAAACAAAGCAAACAUAUUAAUUUUAUGUGUUCAUAUUUAACGUGGCAUUUUAUGGUAUAGAAAUAGUGACAAGAAAAAAUAAUCUAAAGAAAUCCUUGCUAUAAAUUUGCAGAAGCUACGAUAUACUGCUGGCUGAUGACGUAGAGCACCUAGGAUACGCGGUUGGAGGAGGCAGCAGGGUAAGAAAAGCAACAAUUUCGGUGCACACAGUGCAAGUGUAUAAAGUGAAUUACGUGUAUCACUAUAAAAAAAAAAUUACCGAAGGUGCAAGAACUUUAAAAGCAAAAGCAUAUUUAUUUACACAGCUAGGGUGCGCCUGGGUUGCUUUCCAAACAGUAUAUUCUUUAUAGCAACGGCCGAAAGUCACAAUGUUGCCGCGUACUGCGGAACUAGUGCGUGUGCUGCACUUGCGGCAUAAAUUCUUUGGACGUAGGUGCUUGCACAGUGCGGAUAACUUGAAUGCAAUGCUCGUUGGACGUUUUAAGCAACGCAUGUGUGUCAAUGAUGUCAUCAACUACACUUACAAUAGAAUUCCAAAAAAUUGUGGGAAUGUAUCCCCACUAAAUCGUUCAUACACAAAAGAGGUAAAAGCUGCAGCCGUUUCGAAAUCCACUAGUUCACCGUCGAGUAUGGGUAAUGAAGCUACCUCAAAAGUGAAAACUACAAAGAAAUCUGCAACGGAACCGAAUACAAUAAUGAAAUCCGCAGCAACUCCUAGUACACCAACAGUUUCAGAUUCGGCGCAAACCAGUGAAACGAAAAAGAUGGAGGUAAAAACUGCCAAAGGCAUACUUUCCAUUACCGCCACAAUUGAAGGCUCCAAAAUAAAUGACAUAGUUUUUGAGAAAACAAAACCACCUGUUGUACCAGACCUGAGCAUACCGCCAGCCAAAGUACCGGUAAAUGAUUUGCUGAAAGAAACGGCGCAAGCAGCUGCAGCACAGUUACCCUCAUCAACGACAAUUGAUGCCGCAACGACCGCAGCUACAAUGGCAGCAGCAACGUCCAAAGCUAAGGCCGCUAUAGCGAAAGCUACACAAACGAAAUUCGUUGCCAGCGCUACAUUGGACACUGCCAAACCGGAGACUGCGGCAAAGGUAGCGCAAACAGCGCCUAUAGCGCAAGUGAAGAAAGGAAGUACUCCUAUAGGGGAGAUUCCUGCACAGAAACCGAAGCGUGUUUUAGUAGACUUUAAUCGUUCGUCACUGGAACGUAAUUUCAUAACGCCAACGCGUGCUAUGAGCGACUUUUUGCUGAAUGCUUCGGAUUUGGAAAGUCUUUCGAAGAUCAAAAGGCGCUCGCCUUACGAACAGGAGCCACCGAUCACCGUCUUCUGGCGUAAAGAUGUUGAGGCCAGGGCGAUAAGUGUGUGGGGUUCAAGGGAGAAUUUAUUAAAAGAACAACUGAAGCGUGAAGUUGAACGAAAGAAACAUCAGCAAAAUCUCUUCACAGUGAAGCGUCGUUUACGCGACUAUCGGCGAGAAAUUGGCGCACGUACGGUAGUUGUUGACUCAGAACCCGGUUUGACGGGUAAAUCCGGCAAGGUCGUGCUGAUUGCUAUUGGAAUCAAUGGCUUAAAUUUCCUUUUCAAAGCUUGUGGCUGGGUAUACUCCGGCUCGCAUAGCAUGUUUGCGGAAAGCAUACACUCCUUGGCGGAUACAAUAAAUCAACUCAUAUUGGCCUAUGGCAUACACAAGUCCACACAGCUGGCUGACUCGGAUCAUCCUUAUGGCUAUACUAAUAUGAAAUAUGUUUCUUCGCUCAUAUCGGGUGUGGGUAUAUUCUGCGUUGGCGCCGGUUUAUCGGUGUAUCACGGCAUUACGGGUCUAAUGCAUCCGGAGCCGGUAGAGAAUUUCUUUUGGGCUUUCUUCAUUUUGGGCGGCUCACUGGUGUCUGAGGGCGCUACACUCAUAGUAGCACUGAACGAGUUGCAACGUGCGGCGAAAUGUAGUGGUGUAUCCUUUAAGGAUUAUGUUUUAAGCGGUAAAGAUCCCUGUGUUAAUGUAGUGCUGACUGAAGACGCUGCUGCUGUGACGAGUGUAGCGGUCGCUGCCACUUGCAUGGGUCUUACCUCCUUCACAGGCUUGCCAGUUUUCGAUGCUGUCGGCUCGCUUUUGGUUGGUGGCAUUUUAGGCGCAGUGGCAUCAUUUAUUAUCUACACUAAUGCUACGGCGCUGGUGGGCAAAUCCAUUUCGGAAGAUUUGUUAAUUAAAAUAAAUGCUGAGCUCGAAAGUGAUGUGAUGAUACGCGCCAUACACGAUGUUAAAGGCAUUGAUAUGGGCAAUUCUUUAGUGCGUUAUAAGGCCGAAAUGGAUUUCGAUGGACGUGAGUUGACGCGUUCAUAUUUGGAUAAACAGGAACUAAACGAACUCUUAAAGACGGUUCAAUCAUUCCAAAAAGUUGAGGAACUCGAGGAAUUUCUCUUAAAACACGGCGAAAAUAUUGUUGACCUUAUGGGUGGCGAAAUUGAUCGAAUAGAAAUGAAAUUAAGGAAAAAAUUCCCGGAAAUACGACAUUGUGAUCUAGAAAUUUUGUAAAUUUCUUAUUUAUUAUUUGUAUGUAUUUAGAUACUUAAUGAUGUAGAAAACCAUCAAAUGGCUCUCAAAAAAAAAAAAAAAAAAAAAAAUUUUAGGUUACCUCAUAUACGUUAGGCAUAAAUAUGCAAGUAUGUGUAUGUUUGUAUGUAUACCCUCAACGUGAUUGGUUUUUUUUAGUACGUUUCGUUGUAUAUAAGCGAAUAGUGCUCAUUUUAUUUAUUUGGACGCUAGAGCAGAAGAAUAAAAAGAAGAAGAAGAAGAGGAAGAAGAAGAUAAGCGUUGUGGGUUCCAUGCUGUGAAACCGCAAUAAUCUAAAAAUUAUAUAAAUAUGUAUGCUUGAAUUAACAAUCAUUAUUUAACUUGAAAAACAAAAAACAACAAUAAAAAGAAGCUUAAUUUAUUUUGAAUAAAUGCAAAAACAAAAUAAUUAAAAUAAUAUUUACAAAAUAAUAUAUGUAAUUGUAAUAAAACUAUAUUCAUGUUUAAGUUAAA